UAUAUAAAUGCCGAAAGGUCUCACCAUGGCCAGAUCCAAGCACAUCACCAUCUCUACACUGCACAAAAGCAGCUAGAGCUUGCCUACGUUGCAGAGAGUAUUAGCUAGAUGGCGUCCAAGGUUGAGCUGGUGGUGGAGGUGAAGUCCCCGGCGGACAAGCUGUGGGCGGCGCUGCGCGACUCGACGGAGCUGUUCCCCAAGAUCUUCCCCGAGCAGUACAAGAGCAUCGAGACCGUCGAGGGCGACGGCAAGUCCGCCGGCACCGUUCGCCUCCUCAAGUACACCGAGGGGGUGCCGAUGCUGACGUUCGCCAAGGAGAAGUUGGAGCUGGCGGACGACGAGAAGAAGGUGGUGUCGUACAGCGUGGUGGACGGCGAGCUCGUCAACUACUACAAGAACUUCAAGGUGACGCUGCAGGUGACCCCCGCCAAGGACGGCGAGGCCGGCGCCGUCGUCAACUGGGCCAUGGACUUCGACAAGGCCAGCGAGCAGGUGCCCGACCCGGACGUCAUCAAGGAGACCGCCGCCAAGACGUUCCACGACCUCGACGACUACCUCCUCAAGAACUAGACGUACGGGAAGGAUCCAUCGUAUCCAUUGAUGCAUGCAUCGAUCACAGUUUACUAGUGCUCUGCCCGUUGAUGGUGGUGUCCGUGUUAGUUUGCUAGCUACCGUGUACCGUGUCCGUGUCUCUGCCGCGCAGUGGCGUUGCCGCGCAUUCAGUUGCUGUCGCUGCAGCGAUCAUGAGCGUCGUCUGCCUGUUCUGGUGUCAGUGUGUCACGAAUGAACGAAUAAUAAGUGCCCGGAGUUCUGGUCUCGUCCUGUCUUUGCCUCUUUGCUUUGGUACUCCGCUCCUGUGAUCGGAUCCUGCCGCGCAGUUGCAUAAAUGUGUAAAGGUUGAUGCUAUUGCAGAGAUUUUUUUGAUUCU